UGCCGUUGUUUUUGUUUUGUUUUUUUAACAAGGAAAAUGGCGUCAGCUGAUUCUCAGCCGCGGUUCGGGCAGUCUGUUAAAGGAUUAUUGUCCGACAAGGUGGGCUCCUGUAGCGGGGACGUGAUUGCGUUGACCCGCCAGGUGCUGAAAGGAUCCCGCAGCCAAGAGCUUCUUGGCCAAGCAGCAAGGAACAUGGUGAUCCAAGAGGAUGCAAUUCUGCACUCUGAAGAUAGUCUGAGAAAAAUGUCCAUCAUAACAACUCAUCUACAGUACCAACAGGAGGCCAUCCAGAAGAAUGUGGAGCACUCAAAGAACCUGCAGGACCAGCUGACGCAUCUGCUGAAGUGAUGCAGCAUGACGACAAGGCGUCAUCACAGGAGGUUAAUGUAACGGUGCUUCCUGAGGCCCCCUGCUGGCCUGUGUGACGGGGCAAUCAUCACCUCAGCUUUUGCUGCUGUAGUGCAGACAGUGGGCUCUGUCACCAGCUCUUGUGUGUCACAUUCAUGUUUGAUCAGUGAAAUUAAGUUGGCUGUUUUGGAUGAAUUGCACAGCUAGACUGGUUACAUGCGAAGUGUGUUUGACUUUUUAAAUUGAAAAAGUCUAAAGUGUUUUUGUGGGGCUUCAUUCAGUGGAUGAGAAGGACGGGGUGAAUCGCUCCAGAGGGUUAAGAAAGCAGCUCUUCAGGAUGCCACUGGCGUCUGAACACAGACUUUGAUUCAGUUCAGUUUAUUUUAUAUUGUGCCAAUUUACAACACAUAUUAUCUGGAGGCACUUUAUAUAAAAUGUAAUUUUGAUUCUAGUCAAAUCCUGUCAGAUAGUGCAUCGAGAUCAGUCCCUUAUUGGACUAAUUUAAUCCCAGCAGGUUGGAUGGAGUCAUUGACUUGCAGAAUUCACCCCCCUCCCAUCCUCUGGGGGGAGCAGACAGUGUCAUUGACUUCUACAGCAUGCAUGUAGCGACGGUGGAGAGAAAGAAAAAAAACAACCCUCCCCUUUAACAGGAAUAAACCUCCAGAGGAACCUGG